CAGACUGCCUCUAGAAAAAUAAAGUCCUGUUAUUAACAAAUUUUUCUGGGUUUUUGUUUUGAUGCGAUAUAGAUUCUGUCUAUUCUCAUAUUAUUAUUAAAAAACUUAUAUUUCUCAUGGGCUUUACAAAAAUACGGACCGAAAAAUACGAACGUGUAUAGGUUAUGAAUUUUUAGUAAUGGUACAUUGAAUUUUUCGAUCCUAGCCAGAAAAGAGAAAACAUUUAGCCGGGAAACUUUGAAGAAAUAUUUUGUAGGCUGUGUGUUAAUACUGAAAGCGGUGGAAAUUACAAAAUAGUAACUUGGUUAAAAAGUUCUUUUAUAUCUUUAAUUACGAAUAUGUUUCUGAAUGUGAAUUGGAGGAGAACGAUAAACAUGUAAUGUUUAAAGCAUGUUCCGUAAAAUUAUUGGCCGCCUUUAAUAUUAAAUCGCAAGAAUAUUAUUAUUUAUGUGAAUUCUUGUAAAGUGUCCCUAGUUGACUGAAAAUGAAUAUAUCUAAAGGGGGAAGGAAAUUUUCACUUGAUAUAAUAAAAAAUAAGAGAAUUUGUUGAUUAUAUAUUCCGUUGAUAUUAUCUGGAUUUGUGUCACUAAAUGAGGUGGACGUUGAUAUAAUCGAUACAUCUAUACCACAAGUUAACAAGAGUGCUACAAGGCAACCUGUUGUAUGCGGACUGUGUUUUGAUUGGCAGCAUUUAUGGAACUGCCUUGAUGCACAGGAGAUAGAUAAAAACAUGGAUAAACAGUCCUACGUUAAAUCUGAAGAGAUUGAAGUAAAGCUGGAAGACGAUGGUUCAGAUGCACUGGAAAGGAAUAAAUGUCUUGAUAAACAGUGUUACAUUAAAAUUGAAGAGAUUAAAACAAAACUGGAAGAUGAUCAAAAUAUGCAGGAGAAUUAUAAAAGUUUCGAUGGGCAGUCUUAUAUUAAGUUCGAAGAGAUUAAUAUAAAAGUAGAAGAAUAUGACCAGGGAGGUUAUUCUUCUCCAUAUGACUUAUGUAAUGAAACAAUUAAAAAUAAUGGGAGAAACACUUCAGAAGAUAUAGGAGAAAUAGAGGAUGAACGUAUGCAUCAGUUAACGCACGAAGACGAUGUAAAUAUCCAAAUGUACAAAUGUGAUGCUUGUGCUUACAAAUCUAAACGUCAGAGUAAUCUCAAAGUGCACCAGUUAUCACAUAAGGACCCUUCGGAAAUCCAAUUGUACAAGUGUGAAUCGUGUAGUUUUAAAAGUAAACAUAAGGGUCAUUUGAAAAGGCAUCAAUUAUUACACAAAGACCCUUCGGAAAUCGACAUGUACAAGUGCGAUACUUGUACGUAUGAAACUAAAUACAAGGGACAUUUGAAGGUGCAUCAGUUAUCACACACUUCAGAUAUCAAACUGUACAGGUGUGAUAGGUGUAGUUUUGAAACUAAUUUCAUAAGCAACCUAAAAUCUCAUCAGUUGCAACACAAAGAUCCUUCAAAAAUCCGAAUGUACAAAUGCGAUGCGUGUAGUUAUGAAACUAAGUUUAAGAGCAAUCUAAAAUCGCACCAGUUUAAGCACAAAGACCCUUCGGAAAUCCAAAUGUACAAGUGUGAUAUGUGUAGUUACGAAACUAAGUAUAAGUGGGACCUGAAACCGCAUCAGUUUAAACACAGAUACCCUCCAAAAAUCCAAAAGUAUACUUGUGAUACAUGUACUUAUGAAACCAAAUAUAAGAGUGAAUUAAAUAAGCAUCAGUUGAUACACAAAGAUGCUUGAGAGGCCUAAAAGUACAAGUGUGAUUUGUCAUAAAACUAAUUUUAAUACCACUUUAAAAAUGUGCCAGUCUUACAUAACACCCUGUAUAUUCAUACCUUAUUAUCUUUUUUUUAUUUCCUUUCCAGCAACAUAAUAUAGUCUGUAUAAAAAUUACUUCUGUAUUAAUUAAAAAAACUUAUUAGGUUUUGUAUAAUAUCUUUAUUA